UCCGAGACAAUAUAAAUGGCGUCUGAUAUAGAUUGGGGUUCCUGUGAAAAGGAGAAAAGUCUCUGUCAGAAGACAGAGACUUUAUUAAAGAACGUUCACACUGAGCUGCCCGGUCCACUGGCGGAUCCAGAGAAACUCUCCCUGGUCAGAGGAGACUAUCUGUACUUCCAUUACGGCUGUGAUGGACAGGACGACAGAGGCUGGGGCUGUGGAUACCGAACCAUUCAAACCAUGGCGUCCUGGAUUUCCCUGAACAGGUCCCCAGUUCUAAACCAGAACAGAAUCGCUCCAAGCCUACCACAGAUCCAGCAAGCCUUGGUGACAAUGGGGGACAAGCCAGGCUCCUUCUCAGGCUCCAGGGAGUGGAUUGGGACAUUUGAAGCCUCCCUGGUGCUGGACUACUUCUGUGACGUCCCCUGUAAGGUGGUGCAUGUCAGAGGGGGAGGAGCAGAGCUGGAGCAGGUUGCAGUGGAGGAGCUCCAUCAACACUUUGAAAAGCACGGUUCUCCUGUCAUGAUGGGAGGAGACAGGGACAAUUCCUCCAAGGGUAUAUUAGGAGUUUGUACUGGGGACAGAGGGAGCUAUUUGCUUGUUGUUGAUCCUCACUACUAUGGGAGACAACUGGAGAAGACAGAGCUGCAGAGGAGAGGCUGGGUGGCUUGGAAACGAGUCUCAUCUCUGGAUCAGUCCUCGUUUUAUAACCUCUGUUUGCCUCAGACCGCUACGAAGGGAAUAUGAGACCUGAUAUUGUUCCAGUGGACAGAAUGUUGUAACAUGAGUGCCAUCUAGUGGUUGAAGUGUGAAAGUAUCUCAUAAGUCUGUUCCUGUCACACACCCACUUCAGACAAUUAUUUAAGAAGUUAAUUUCCUUCUUCAAAAUCCAAACUGUCUGUAUCAUGUGAAUUAAUUUACAUUAUACAUUGUAAUCAUAGGCCAAAUAACAAUCUCAAACAUUUUGG